AUCCUCUCACCCGCCCACCUUUUCCUCUCUGUUUAAUUUGUCCCCUACCUUUUUGUACAAUUGUAUGUCGUUUAAAACCAACCCCCCCUCACUCUCUCGAGAGUAUUCUACUCCAUAAUCAACUUCUGUCUGUUAUUCACAGAACAAACACCUUAAUUAUGAGCACAGCCAGGUUCAUCAAAUGCGUUACUGUUGGGGACGGCGCCGUGGGCAAGACUUGUAUGCUCAUUUCUUACACCAGCAACACUUUUCCAACGGAUUAUGUUCCGACUGUUUUUGAUAACUUCAGCGCCAAUGUGGUGGUCGAUGGCAGCACUGUCAAUCUUGGCUUGUGGGACACCGCUGGACAGGAAGAUUACAACAGACUCCGGCCUCUGAGUUACAGAGGAGCUGAUGUUUUCUUGCUGGCGUUUUCUCUCAUCAGCAAAGCCAGUUAUGAGAACAUCUUCAAGAAGUGGAUUCCUGAACUUAAACAUUACGCUCCAAACGUCCCCAUCAUUCUGGUUGGAACUAAGCUUGAUCUACGAGACGACAGGCAAUACCUGAUGGAUCAUCCAGGCGCAUCUCCCAUAACCACAGCUCAGGGCGAGGAAUUGAGGAAGAUGAUCGGGGCCGUAACAUACAUAGAAUGCAGCUCCAAAACCCAGAAGAAUGUUAAGAAUGUGUUUGAUGCGGCUAUCAAGGUAGCGUUGAGGCCUCCAAGACCGAAGAAGAAGGCUCGCAAGCAGAGGACCACAUGUGCUUUGCUUUGAAAAAUAAGCUCACCGCUCGAUCACUUUCUCUGUAUGCCUCAACCAAAUACGGCUCGGGAAAAAUUAUUGGAUGUGGUUCAAUCCCUUUGUAGUAACCCUGUUCAAUAAUUUUUUCUUGCUCCAUCCCUUUAUAUUAUAUAUUUCCAUGCUAAGAAUUUCGGAUGUAAUCUCUCAAAAAUCUAAACUUUAUUUUGGUUCACUUCCAUAA